GCGGCGGGGGCAGGGCCGGGCAGCGCGGCUGUCGUCCCGGCACUGAGCGCUCGCUCGCACCGGCGGCAGCGCCGCCCCGGAGGUACCAAGAACUUUAGAGCUGCCCCCUUAUUUUCGUCCUCUUCAGUGGAGAAAUGAAAAGGCCUGUGUGCACUUCACAGGAAAUGAGUGUCUGAUACAGGCUUGCAGGCUGCACAUUUCCAAGAACUGCUCUCAAGGUCCCGGGGUGCUGCUGGCUCUUUACCUCGUACACCACGUCUCGCUUUUUGACUUGCUUUUGGCGUGGAGGCUUUGGGGAACCGCCAAGCGUGUGCCGGCAGCUGUUGCUUCUUCAGAUACCAUCUUCCUGAUGGGGAGCUCUGUCAGGGAAUUGCCUCUCCCCCACAGUCAGGAUGGAUCUGCUCUUAAAUGAAGCUUUGCAAAAACUGGGAAGUGCUGCAUUGAAGCUCUUGAAUUUGGACCAUUUCCAGGCCUGACGUCCAGAAACUCAUCUCUAUGGGUGGUAAAUUUAAAGAGGCUGGCUGCAAAGGAGGAAGCAUGGUAAAGGUAGCAUCUUUCCAGGAUCCAUGGGCUCUUUGAGAGAUGAUCAGAGGGAGGCCAGAUGAUCUGCACAACACACACACCACUGUUUCUCGUCUGCAAAGGCAGCAUCGGAGCGUUCUCCCCAGCCCCGCGCCCCCCAGCUUGCCCGAUCGUUUCCGGAUGUUUCGCAGCUGCGAGUGGGAGGUCCUGGAGCGAUCCCUCAAUAGCCUUCAGGCCAGCGACUUCUACUGGGGCCCCUUAUCCGUGGGGGAGGCUCACGCCAAGCUCCAGCGAGAGCCCGUCGGCACCUACUUGGUGCGGGACAGCUCGCAGGGGAACUGCUUGUUCAGCCUGAGCGUGCGGAUGCCGACAGGGCCCGUCAGCCUCCGAAUCUCUUUCCAGGAGGGCUAUUUCCGCCUGAAGAACUGGUUUUCAGACUGCGUGGUCCGGCUGCUGGAGCUGGUGGUGGCAGGGACCCGGAACAACCCCUUGCACUUUGAUGAGAUGGGGGGAACCCCACUGGUCUUCUCUGAGCCCCUGUGCAGGAGCCGCCGGGCAGUGCCCACACUGCGAGAACUGUGCUGCCGGAGCCUGCCUGCUGGCGCAGCAAUGGGGGACAGAGCAGGGCUGGGCGGCUCCUCAGGGUUGCACCCCAGGGAGGAGGUGGUCUCACCCCUAGGUGGAAGGGGACGGUCGGAGGGGAGCAUCAUCCCCAGCCCCUCUCCGUCCUGGGCUGGGAGAUGAUGCCGCACACGUGGAAGAUGAAGUGAGGUGCAUGUUACGUGGCUGUGCUGGUGGGACGCAUGCCACGCCAGUGGGGCUGGGCCUGCUGCUGGGAGACAAAGGGGAGGGCAGGGAGAGCAGGGCUUGAACCCACUGGCUGUGACAGCUGUGUCCUUGCAAGUGCACAGCGUGUGUGACCUUCCCCAGAGAUGCCCAAGGUAAAGCCAAACUUGAAGAGCAGACAUUUCUGCCGCCCCCCCCCCCCCCCAAGCCCUGCUCUUUGCUCCAUUUAUAACUUAUAAACUUGAAGGUGAGUGGCCUGGCUUCCCAGGUCAGCCCUGUGUUUUCCUCUACCCCAAAGUGCCUAAGCACGUUUCUGAUACAGAUCUGUCCUUAUGAAGUGGUACAGCUGAGUCCAGUCCCACAGCAAUGCAGCUUGGGCAUCGGUGGGCAUGACCACUGUGCCAACCGGAUACCCACAUAGCUGCGGUGGAGCGAGAGCACGUUUCUCUCCUUGCUGCUCAAAUGCGAUGCCUGCCACUUCAGAGGCCAGUGUUUGCACUAGAGGGAAACCGUCACAACCAUGUAUGAUACGUGCAGCUUCACUGGCUUUUGCGUUGCUUUAUUUGAACAGAUUUUGGGGAGUGCAGAUGGGUUACGUUAUACUAAGGGCAUGGUAUUCCUGCAGAGGUAACCCUGGUCUGGAGAAUCUGCUCUACCCUGGGAGGGUGUGAACAGACAGGAUCCAGCGCCCUUUCUUGUGUUCAUCUGAUAGUAUGCUGCUGCCACCUACAGGCCAUGAAUAGUUCUGGUUUUGUCUCAACAAAAGCAAAAAAAUUUUUAUAUAAGACUAAAAAAUUU